AUGGCUAAGCCUACAGUCGUGGAUUGCGCCAACUCCCCCUUGUUUGGACUCUGGAAACCACAGGCGCACCUAAAGCACCUAUUCUACGGGCCACGUUGCGUCAGUAAGUACCUUACUACUGUGCUGCCGUCCGCAGCUUCUCGGGUCUUUGUUAUCACUGGUGCGACGCUUGGUACCAAGACGCCACUCUUACAGGAGGUCAAGGACCUGCUAGGAUCCCAUCAUGCUGGGACGUUCGCGAGUGUCAGACAGCACGGCCCUAUUUCUGACGUCAAAGAGGCACUUGCCCUUGUCCUCCAAGAUCCAUCAGUCGACACAAUCAUAUCUCUCGGGGGCGGGUCACCUAUUGACGUAGCGAAAACCAUCUCACACCGCAUCCAUGAGGCACGAGGUCAAUAUCUUACUCAUAUAGCCAUCCCCACAACUCUCAGCGCCGCAGAGUGCACAGCAGGCGGCGGGUAUACAGGCCCCGAUGGCAUCAAGAUCGGAUUCAUGGCACCGGGAAUGGGUGUGGGAGCGAUAUUCUACGAUCCUCUGUUCUCGCAAUAUACGCCAAGACAGUUGCUCCUCGCCACCGGGAUCCGUGCCGUGGACCACGCCGUAGAGACAGCCUACCACCCAACCUCGUCCGAAAUGCCCUGGAAAGCCCUUUCCUGUUGGGCCUUAGGGGUUCUGUUUGACGAACUUCCUAGGGCUGCAGAAUUGCUUCAAGAUACGUGUAGCAACAGCAUCCAACGCGAAGAUAAAGUUGACCAAAUUGCGACGGGUCGCCUCCACGACUCGCUUACCCGCCUGUUUCUGGCUGCAUAUGCUACCUCUGGCCUCCGAGGUGCGAAUUUUACGGGAAACAUGGGCCUGUCGCACAGCUUGGGCCAUGCAUUGGGUAGUCCUUAUGGAAUUUCGCACGGUGAAACUAGCUGCCUCACUCUCGCCGAAGUAAUCAGACUCAAGGCGAAGCUGGACAUUUCGGACGCACGGUGCAUCAGUCGCCUCCUCUUGCCAGCCAUUGGAAAGCCUGGAUCGGGAAAUGUUGUAGAGGAUGCCAUGCAAUUUGCCCAUCACAUAAGCGAACUGGUGGACGGGCUGGGUCUCAAGCCCUUGCCGCUUAGCAAGCGGGGAGUUGGCCGCGACCAGAUUCCGGUCAUUGUUCAACGAGCAACGCGGGGAGAUGACAAUGAAGAACUUCGCCAUGCCUUGGCAGCCAUGGUGGAGAAAUUAUUGUAG